UAUGGCAAAGCAGGAAAUGUUUUCAGGAGGGAAAGUGAAGAAGAACAAGAGUACAGUUCUGCGCAAACACACUCGAGAGACAUUCUUGUGAUUGACACAGCUUCAGAGAAAUGGCUUUCAGGACUCUGCAAGCAAGUGCCUGCAUGCUUCUCCUAAUCUCAGUCUGCUUACACUUCAUGACAGGUGUCAGGACAUCUACAAGUCGUGAAAAAUGUGAGUGUGUUGAGGAAACUGGCUCAGUGCAAUGGAGAAAAAUUAUAGACUACACGAUCAUACAGAAACAUCCUCUUUGCAACAAGGUUCAAAUCAUACUGCAGCUGUCAGGUCAACAAGCUUGUCUAAAUCCAGACUCCAUGCAGGGGAAAAGACUGCAAAAAUGCUGGAAAAGGAUUCAAUUCAACACACAGAAGGGGAAGGACUGUCUGAUGCUCCUUGGACCAAAAAAGCCCAAGCAACUGUAAUUCAACAAUCUUGACCUUUUCUGUGUAGAAAGACUAUGUUUCUUUGUCAUUUAUCCUGCCUGUCCUUUAUUUUUCACAAAUAAAUGAUAUAUGUAUUAUGCAGAUGGUUUUUAAUAUUUUUGUACUGCUGUUUUCUAAUAAAACCUUGUAAAAGUU